AGUCCUCCGUUUGCAUUACUUGUUUUAUCGAAGAUGAAUUCUCAUGGAAAAGCAGAGACUGACCGACAAAAAAAUUUGGAAGAGCAACUGGAUCGUCUUGUGCAGCAGCUAGAAGAUUUGGAAGAUUGCAGAGUUACCUUCGAUGAGACAGAUUAUCAGGAAUGUAAGGAAGAUACUAUGGAGCAACUCCGUGAGUUUAAUGAAAGCCUACAAAGAAUGAUAUCUGGAAAUAUGACCUUGAUUGAUGAACUUGGAGCAAUGCAAUUGGCGACUCAAGCCGCUAUCAGUGCAGCCUUUCAAACACCAGCUGUAAUAAGAAUGUUUGGGAAGCGAGAACCCACUGGACUUAAAGAGCGUCUUUCGCAAAUUGAUCGUGACGCAAAAUUAGGAAAACUAAAUAAAGAAAUCGCUGAUCGCCAACGAGGAGAAAUACUAAGCGCUUUAAAGCAACUCGGAGAAAAGUUGGAACCAUCUGAAUUACAAUUAUUAGAGCGAUUAUCUUUAAAUAAUAUAGAUACUACUAGAUAUGUGCAAGUUACUGAAACAGCAGAAAAGAGUAAAAUAGCUUUAGACAUAGUCGGCAAGGAAGUUAAAGCUUCUCAAGAUACUUAA